AUGUCAAGAUGAUAGCAAUGGUAUGUGCGAGGGGGACCAACAUGGCGGCUGUGGACGCUUCCUUUGCGAAGCUUGACAAAGAACGUCUUAUAGAGCUCUCCUUUCUCCCCGACGGCGCAAGAACGUUCCGCGGUGACAAAAAUGGAUUAUUACUAUUUCUCAAUGCGCUAAGAAAAGAGGGAGAAUCGGGUUUUUGUGAUGUGAAUUUGGAAGUUGAAGGUCAGGUAUUUGCCGCUCAUAGAUGUGUUCUUGCUGCCAAUAGUCAGUUUUUCUACACUAUGUUCACCAGUGGAAUGCGUGACUCCAAUGAUUCUCGUAUCAAACUUUGCUCUCUGACAAGUGGGGCAUUAUCGUCGAUCUUGGACUUUUUCUACACGAGAGAAAUCAAUAUAAGUCGGGAUAAUGUGGUGGACAUAUUGGAAGCUGCUAGUUUUCUGUUGCUUACGCCAGUAAAAAGUGCUUGCGCGCAAAUAAUUCUGUCGGCUCUGCGUAUCAAUAACUGCAUAUCCACUAGGCGAGUAGCUGACAAAUAUGCUCUAGAAGAACUCAAAAUCAAGGCGGAUUCUUUUAUCAAGAAAAACUUCCAACAAGUCAGAUCAGAGGAGGAGUUUCUGGAUCUAAGUAUUGGAGAAUUGUGUGAGUUGAUUUCAAGUGACGACCUCAAUGUCGAGACAGAGGAGGAAGUAUUUGAGGCUGUUUUAAAAUGGGUGAAGCAUGAGUCUCAGAACAGAGCAAUGCAUCUUCCAACGGCUCUACCAUGCUUGCGAUUUGGAUCAUUAUCUAGUGACUUUGUUGAGAGACAGAUUGAGGGUGAGUCAUUGCUGCAGCAGUGCACAUUCUGUCAAAACUUCAUCAAAAUGUACCAGAGGCGUCAGAGGGCGACAAGGGCGAAGAAAGGUGGAAUGAGCCAGGAAGAGCGACCAUCUGCCAAAGUUCACAACGUCAUGGUGGGUGUCGGCAGAGGCAACUUACGCACAUCUUUUUGCUACGACACUGAUAGUGACACUAUGUACCAGCUGUCUGAGCCUUACUCUCCGUCAUUUGUACUGGGAGUGGCAGUGCUAGGUAGAGAAGUGUACUGUGUCUGCCGUAAUAGGCAUAACUGGGACAUUGGUGCAUCAAUGCUGUUGCGAUACCCAUUGGACCAAUCAAAUAAGAGCUUCUUUUCCUGGACUGACAUGGCAAGCUGUGACCAGCUAGCAACUGCUUGUAAUGACCAGACUAAUUUAGUUGCCAUGGAAGGGCAGUUGUAUAUAGUUGGUGGGUGUAAUGGCGGAGCUUCUGGCCGUGUUCAGUGUUACAAUCCUGGGAACAACGUAUGGACAACUGUUGCUUCUUGUCUAACCCCACGCUGCCAAGUGGGUGCUGUAGCAUUUAACUCCCAUCUUUACAUCAUUGGAGGAACUACAGAGCACCUCAGUCAACCUGUAAAUCUAGUUGAGCGAUACAACCCAGCAGCCGACUCAUGGACGCUUGUUUGCCCAAUGAAAAGCAAGCGAAGGGCUCCACAAGUUAUUGCUACUAGUACGUCCAUAUUUGCUGUUGGUGGUGCAACCCAACCAGGACACGAUACCGUCACAUGUGAGGUGUACAAACCAGCAUUUGAUCAAUGGAUCAUCAUCGCACCCUUGCCGCAAGGUAAGGACACACCCAAGCUAGUGAAUGUCCUCAGAGACGAAGUGUACACAGUAAGGAGGAGUAAUAUCUGGAAGUAUGAAGUCAAGAAGAAUGCCUGGAAAAAGUCCAGCAAACUGAAGUCCUUAAGGUCUGGCUUUGAUGACUUCCACCUGACCAACCUCCAGUUACCGAAGUUCUGCUUCCAGCACAGAUCAAAGAGUAACUCCAGGAUCCUGGCCAACUAUGACAGGAGUAUUUAUGAUUGUACCAGUGAUGAGGAGGACGAUGAGGAUUCCCUCAUGGACUAUGGUCCGCCAUGGUUUCUGUGGGGUGAUGACUCAAGUGGGAGUGACUGGUAGCUGAAUAAGUGAUAAUCGCCAAGCACUUGGCAUCACAAAGGGACACCUCGUGGUAUCAUCAUCAUUUAAUGUUACCUUCACACUAAGAUUUAUGCCAUCUUUAAAUAAACAUUUAUAUUGAAAGGCUGGGAUUUGAUUAUUAGGUGCUGACCUUUUUUGUGGUAAUCAAAGCAAUUUGCUAGUAAAAGGAAUAGAAUACUGGGUUUGAUAAUCUGUUAGGGUGAUUGUGUGACUUAUUCCCACAAAUUCCUCCAAACAUUCCCAUCACCGUUCACACAAGACCCUGGCCCAGUUCUGCUAUCAUUUAUGCAAUGGGGAAUAUGCAGGGAGUUCUCCCAUAUUUUAAAUGAAGAUGCUGGAAAUCUUUGUCCUGUGAAAAUUAUAGACUCCAGGAGCUACAAGAAAAGUUGGUCUUGAUCCAUAAGUGUUAUGUUUCACCAGCACUUUGGACACCAUUGAAUGGUCAAUUGUUAUAGUUUUACCUAUUAUUUGAGGGUUGUACAUUAUUGAAAAGUUCUGAUAAGAUUUGAUUGAACAAGUAAGCAGAGACAGGACAUUGUGUUUGGGAUUUGCAAACUCUUAUUUCAAAGCUUAUGUGGUUAAGCUGGUUCUUUUUACUGAAAGGUUGAGGUCCAACUAUUUUACAGUUAUUAAAAGUAUUUGAAUCUUUUAAAAAA